AUGUUUUUGUGGUUCGUGAUUACAGAUCCUUGCACAACUGAACAGGUGACCUACGCCAUUCUGGAAGAUGAAUCUGUGGCUUCGGUGUAUGGUAAAUGCAAGAUAUUCCUGUGGUUUCUAAUUCCGGAGCGCGUGGCGGCGCUGCAGAAGACACUGCUGCCAGGAACAUGGCUGGCCUCUAGCGGCGAACGCGCCAACUACGACGAACGACCCGAUUUGUUGGUGCCCAUUGUCAGGGCUGUUCGCUUAGGUCAGACCUCCGCUCAUAUAUUUGGUCAGUGGGGCGGUGUUGAAUCAAGAACGCACCUGUACCGAGUGAAAUUUGAUCUGCUGUGCGCGCUGGAGCUGCUGUUGAAGCGAGCUGCGAAAAUCCAUUGUUGUGACCUGUGGCGUUGUGUAUUCUCCUUGGAAUGUAACCAGGCCGACUCGAGACCGGCGCUCGGCGCCGUCUCCUCAGCAGCCCUGGAGCGCCUCAUUAGCCCGGUGGUAAUUGCAGGUGGCAGCGCCCUCGCCUAUUGUCCUCGCCCCCGCUCUCGCCCUCGCCGGCCGGCCGGCCGGCCGCCCCCCGUUUUCCGCGCGGUCGACUAUCGUCAAGUUCCUCCCGCGCCGCUUGGCCGCGACUGCGCGCCUCGAGGUGCCUCGUGGGCGCUGGCUUUUAAGUCAAAUAAUGAAUCUCCUGUCGACAUCCGCUUUUGUUUAGGAAAACGCUGCAUGCCUUAA